GGAUUCCAAGGGCCAGGCCUUUGUGCACUUGACGUGCACAAAUGGCGAUGCUUUAAUAAAUAUUGUGCAUCAUCUGCUUAAAACGAUGGGAACAGGGUCAGGGUUUUAUUGUGCUUUUUCAUGGUUGCAGCUCUCAUAUCCUUGGACUAGUGAGACGCUUGAUUUGGUUUUGAGUUAAUCCUGUCAUUAAUAUGGUGAUCAAAACCUAAAUUGGUUAUCAAUUUGAUGAUCAUCAUGAUCAAAUGCUUCAAUCUGUCUCUCUCUCUCUCUCACUUGUUAUCUGCUUUGAUUGAAACUUAAGAGAUCUCACAACUAGCGUGAAAAGAUGGGGGUCUGCUGAAUUGCAAAGUGAUUUGUGAGAUUUGGGCUUGCUUGAGUAAGAUUGGGGAUUGAGAGGUACCAGUCCAAGAUUUGGCCUCUAAUAUUCUGACGUCUACUAUGUAAAAUAUUUGAGAUUCUUGCUUUGGUUUUUUUGUUCUUUUUUAUUUUUCUCCAAACUUUUGAUUUUAUCUAGCUCUCCUGAGCAAGAUAUUUGUGGGAAUUUAUAGUUUUAGUUCAGUGAAGAAAGAUUUAAGGUUAUCACAAAAAGUCCUACAACAGUAGCUUUGUGGGUUGGGAAUUCUGGAAUUUUCUGUUAUUUAAAAAAAUUUCAGACAAUUUGGGUUGCUCUAAUCUUCGAAAGGCUGAGAGAGGAAAGCAUUUACAAAAUAAAAGGGUAACAAAGGGUAUUUAGAGAUCAUUCUUGAGUGCUGUGGGAGGAUUUCAGCUAGUACAAUAAAUAUAAAUAUAAAUAUGUGUAUAUAUUUUCACUGUCUAAGAAAGGGAUUUUGAAGAAAGAGCUCGGGCUAAGAUAUUUUGUAAGAAGACAAAAAGAAAGGAGAAAUGGGGAAUCUUAAGGACGUUGAUUAGAAUCAUUAUAAAAGUAUGAAGAAUGGGCCUGCUUUGACCUCUAAGUUUUAGAAGGAUAAAAAUAAAUUGUUGCCCUUGGCAGCAUUAGAGAAAAACACUGUUGAAUUUGGUAGCCUCAAUCCACAUUGAAACUCUCUGUUUUAGAGAAGGAAUAGAAGGAAAUUCGGGAAGCCCCAUUUAUUUAUUUUGCUCUGUGCUUCAAGGAAAGAAGGCACUCAUCAAUGGCAGAAGCAAAAGCCCAAAUAAAUAGAGAAAUGGAUGGUACCACUCAUGAUACAGGAGCAUCUAUGGAGAAUUCAUCAUACCAGGUGGAAUCAGAAACAGUUCAUAGAGAUGAGACCGUUGUUGAUGGUGAGGAAGAAGGGGACUUGAAGCAUAAUCUCGAUUCAUCGAAGGAAAUGAAGGAUCCUCUACAACAAGUAGAGGAGAAUUCAUCAAACCAGGUGGAAUCAGAAACAGUUCAUAGAGAUGAGACUGUUGUUGAUAGUGGGGAAGAAGGGGAGUUGAAGCCUAAUCUCGAUUCAUCGAAGGAAAUGAAGGAUCCUCUCCAACAAGUAGAGGAUGGUACCACUCAUGAUACAGGAGCAUCUAUGGAGAAUUCAUCAAACCAGGUGGAAUCAGAAACAGUCCAUAGAGAUGAGACUGUUGUUAAUAUUGGGGAAGAAUGGGACAUGAAGCGUAAUCUUGAUUCAUUGAAGGAAAGUAAGGAUACUUUACAGCAAGUGCCUGAAAAAAAUAUCUGUGUUAUUGAUAUCAAAGGCGAUGGAGAAGAGAAAGUUGAGUUUGAGAGCAGAGAAAAGGCGGGCGAACCUGUUUGUCGAGUAUGUCAUUUUUGUUCUGUUAACCACUCUGGUCCUUCAGACCUCAUGAAUCUUGGGUGUGGCUGUAAAGGUGACCUCGCCAUGGCUCAUAAGCAAUGUGCAGAGGCCUGGUUCAAAGUCAAAGGUGACAGAUAUUGCGAAAUUUGUGGUGAAACUGCAAAAAACAUCAUCGGCGUUGGAGACAAUAACUUUAUUGAGCAGUGGAAUGAGGGUGAGGUCAUCCACACCAUCCCCACUGAAAGGACGAAGUGCUGGCGUGGUCAGCCACUCUGCAACGUGUUGAUGAUUUGCAUGAUUUUGGCAUUUGUGCUUCCAUGGUUUUUUCGUGUAAAUAUGUUUUGAAAGCAGGAUAUUGUGGCCAUCUUCACCAGUGUAUCCCAUUUUCUAUCAUAUUACUGUUUCAUUUGUUUGUGGUAUUGCUUGCUUCAAAAUUUUGGUCUCAUGUAAAAGGUGAAUAUCGAUAUUUACAGUCCAAAGUAUAUUGCCCACUCAAUAGUGUCACACUCAUUGAGUUAUUGUAUACUUGGAGUUGUCAGUGAGAAUGAUACUCAUUUGUAAAUUUUAUACUCACAGUCCUCGUGUGUUUCUUUUUUAUCACUAUAAAGAUGUGGCUUGGAUUAUGGUUCAAA